CAAUGUAAUGAUGUCAGACAGGAGAAAAGUAAAACCUCUCACAAAAUGGGAAUAGCUAUUUCAAAACCAGGAAAGCAAAGUUUUGUGCAAGAAAAUCCGAAGUUCAAGAUAGUCCUUGUAGGGGAACCUUUUGUUGGCAAGAGCAGUAUAUUCCUUCGAUAUACCAAAAACCAGUUUGACUACAGUUAUCAACCAAGCGUAUCUGUUGCAAUUGGUAAUGUGGUGAAAAAGGUCAAUAUACCAUAUCAAGAAGUGGUAUCUGUGGUAAUAUGGGAUAUCCCAGGACGUGAGGAAAUGGAUCUGCGAAAGAGCUACUAUAAAGAUGUUGAUGCAGCAAUUGUUGUGGUGGAUGUUUCACAAAUAGACACCAUUGGACUAGCUCCCACAUGGAAACAAGAUGUUUUAAAUCAUGCGCAGUUCACUGCAUCCCACGAUAGUUCAAAGUCUAUCCCAGUAUUACUCCUUGGAAAUAAAGCAGACAAGUUAGAGGAACGUCCUUCGACAAAUGAGGAUGACAAUGUUUCUUCAAAAAUAUCCUUGAGUUCUGUCUUAAAAGAAAUGGAAGAGACGGCCGUUCAGCACGGUUUCAUUGGAAGCGUAACUGUAUCAGCGAAGGAUGGAGACGGUAGUAUAUAUACAGCAAUUCAGACUUUGGUCCGUCAUCUUUUAAAUGGUAAAAUGAAGAAGAAAGACAAGAAAGUGGUCCUUGAAAAUUUCUUUAACGCGAAGAAAAUGACUUCCAAUGAAAUGGACGAUGUCACGGAGUCCUUUCAAUCUUUUCCAAAGACUGGAAUCAAGGAGAUUGAUGACGUAUUCAAACAGUGCGAAGAACCAAUGAAACUUAUUGAGGGAACUAUACUAGAGUAUACCCGAGCACUAAUCAUAUUUCAACGAAGUUGUUGCAUUGCCGAUCUUACACCAAGUACUCGAUCAAGCAUUGAAGAAUGCAUUAUGGCGCUGAAGGAAGUUACUGUGGAUAGUGAAGAAAACAGUGGAAUGAAGUGCGUAAAUGACGGAGGUUUCGUAAAGAUUGUCGUCCUGGAUGAUGUUAUUGAGGAUCUACCUGGACCAGUUAGCAAAAUUCUGCGAUUUUUCCACACAAAGGUUGCGCUAGCUGCCAAGGAUCUUCUCAGAUUAUGUACAUCCUCGAUCGUCUCUCUUCAAGACAACGAGAAUGAAUUACGUCAUCUCCUUGAUACGUACGAUGAUCUCGCCGCGAAUUCUGGACUGACCGCUAAACGACGACGUCAUGUCUGGAUUGAUGUGGAGACUAAUCGUUCUCGUGUUGAGGAAUCGCGGCUUGCGGCUGUGAAAGGUUUGGAAGCAGUCGAAAACGAUUGUGCGAAGAUCAAGGCUGCAAUGCUUUGGUAGUUGCAUUUAUUUCUAUUACGAAGCCUUCUUGUGAUAGAACAAUUUGAAAUUUGAUUUGCAUUUCGAGAUCUCAUACGAUUGUCUUGUCCUUCCAUUAAAAUGUCCAAAGGUUUGAACGCAAACGCUAUGCGAUGUUUUGGGGUGUGGCCAAACCCGGAAAUAUCCUUUACAAACGCUAUUGUGUCGUCGCUAUUCUCCGUGGUUACAAUCCCCGGUAAUCUUCUAGUCGUCAUAGUCAUCUUCAAAAAUCCCAACGGUAAAAUGCGAACGCCUUUCAACUGGUUCAUUUUCAAUCCGCCGUAGCCGACCUUCUCGUUGGCAUGAUUGUCGAACCACUGUCUAUGGUCGUACACAUCCGUGAGGACUGGGUCUUGCUAUCAAAUAUGACGUAUAUCUGAAGCCAAUCUACUUCACUUCCUGUACGGCAUCCGUCUUUAGU